AGGUAAAUUAAAAUGAUUAAUAUACGAUUGAAAAGUGGAUUUUUCAACUUUUAAAUGUAUUUUUUCCUAUUUUCUCCCAGAAGAGUUGUAUGAAGAUCUGAAGCCACCACAUCUUUUCAAACUGCCGCUAACUUAUCCUCAUUGGGCAGCUGAACAGACAGGAGAACGCUGACCACCUGCUCUGUUAUGUCAGCAAACAGGCAUCAUAUUUUUAAAAGCUAUUCAAGCAUUUAGUAGCUGUUAAACGAGAGUUCCUCAGCUUAGCCAAUGCUUUUGGUUGCAGCUCCACAUCAGGCUACGGCAGCAGUCUGUGGUUAUUCUGCAUGUCAGUCAACCAGCUGUAACUGGCAGACUUGACAGCUUUAGUCCACAUUAAGCAUCAAAAUACACCAGACUCUGAUGGUAGGAGACUGACUUGUGAGACUAGAGUCCAUCCUGUUUGGUGCUGACAGUACAGGCUGGCAGUGGCUGUGUGAUGGUGUAGUUUUCCUGGCAUGAAAAAAUGUUGUUUACUUAUGAUUUUAUUGUUUAUUUUGGUUCAAAGUAAUGAAAAACUGUCUGCAUUUGAAACAGUGCAAGUUGAUCACACUAUGGUUGCAUAUGACUUUUUUUUUUUCUUCCAGAAUGGAGUGAGAUCCUCUCGCAAGUCUCCUCGUGGUCUCCAGUGUCCAUUUUUCUACACAGUUUUGCCACCAACAUAUCUGCAAAUGGAGUACGUCACCCUGCUGAUCUCACGAGAGAUUAAAUGUGAGAACAUGGAAUCCAUAAUAAGCUUCGGUACUCAGCAAACAUCCUCUGGUGCUCUCUACAAUAACACACCUCACAGCCACCUGCAGGAGAGUUCUGGAAAAGAGAAAACUCAUCACUGCUCAGAAUGCGGCAAGAGCUUCACUCAGCGGCAUCAUCUUCAGGUGCAUCAGCGCAUUCACACCGGAGAGAAGCCGCAUCUGUGCUCGGAGUGCGGCAAGAGCUUUCAGAAACAGAAUCACCUCCGAAUACACCUGCGCGUUCACACCGGCGAGAAGCCGUUUGAGUGCUCAGAGUGCGGGAAGAGCUUUGCCGUACGGAGCAGUCUACGGAGACACCAGCGUGUUCACACCGGAGAAAAACCGUAUCAGUGUUCAGAAUGCGGGAAGAGCUUCAGCGAGAGAAGCAACCUCCAAACUCAUCAGCGCAUUCACACUGGAGAAAAACCGUAUUACUGCUCCGAGUGCGGCAAGAGCUUCACCACACUGAACCAUCUCCAGCUCCACCAGCGCAUCCACACCGGAGAGAGACCGUAUCGCUGCUCAGACUGCGGGAAGAGCUUCACUGAUAGAUGUAAUUUAAAAGCCCACCAGCGAAUCCACACCGGAGAGAGACCGUACAUCUGCUCAGAAUGUGGGCGGAGUUUCACUGACAGAUGUAACCUCAAAGCCCAUCAGCGCGUUCACACUGGAGAGAAACCGUAUCACUGCUCGGAAUGCGGGAAGAGCUUUCGCCAACUGAAUGGUCUCCAGAAACACCAGCGCAUCCACACAGGAGAGAAACCGUAUUACUGCUCAGACUGUGGGCGGAGCUUCAGAUGCAGACGCAGUUUGGUUGUGUUAACUCUGACGUGUUGCUGAUUUGGUCAUCAUUCUUUCCUGUUCUGGCCAAAUUUCUGUUUUGAUGUUGCUGUAUUCCAGGGCUGCUCAGUGAACUACAACACCUGAUCCAGGUAAUGAAGGGGCAUCUGGACAUUAGAGACAGAUGUGCUGGACCUAAACUCUCCAGGCUGAUAUAUCAGUCCUGCUGUACUUGGUGGGGACAGUCGGCACUGUGGGUCAUACCUGAUGUAUUGAGUGCUUGGAACGUAUUAAGGAAACAGCGCUGAAAUACCUCACCUCAUAUCUUGUGGUCAUAUCUCGUGUCCACUGCAUGCAAAUUUGUUGUUUGAAAUUUUUCAGGAGGAAGUAGCAAGAAAAAAAGCUUGCCAACGAGACGUCCUCAUGCUUCUGUCUGCCAAGUAGAAUAAAAACCAGAAAAACAGGAACAACUGCAGCACAGAGGUAUCAGCUCAGUCUUCUUCUGUCUUAAAGCAUGGCUUAAAUAUUUAAUCUCCAUAUUGUAGCCGAGUCUUGUUAUAAUGUUUGGGUCUAUUUUGGAUCUUGAUUUAUAUGAUAUUGUGAAUAGUUUUCAUGUUGGUAUUAUGGGACCCAAAUAUGCGGCAAGAAAACAUCCUCCCACCAGUACACCCCCCACCACUACACCCCCACCACAGCUUCAGCUGUUCACACAAGGCAGGUUCGGUUCCUGGAUUCAGACGGUUGAUGCCAGAAUCUGCCUCUUCCAUCUGUAUGAGGCAGCAGACAUCCAGAGUCAUCAGACCAGACCACGUUUCUCUGAUCUUCAGCUGUCCAGUUUGGGUGAACCUGUGUCCACUGAAGCCUGUUCUUGGCUGACGCGAGUGGACAGCGAUGUGGUCUUCCGCUGAUGUAGCCCAGCUGCCUCAAGGACAGAUGUGUUCUGCCUUUACAGAUGCUUUUCUAAUCACCACUGUGGUAAAGAAGUUCUGUAACGUUUUUCUAUCAAAUCUAACAGGUCUGAUCAUUCUUCACUGACCUCUCGUCCACAAGGAGUCUACAGAUCUGCCACUCACUAUGGUGGUUGUGAUGGUUGCGAGUGAAAAAAAUCUCAAUUCAGCAGUUUCUGAAAUAAUUAAACCACCAACAAUAACAGCAAACUCACUCAAUCAGAUCGGUUUUGUCUCCAUUCUGAUGUUUGAUAUGAACACUAACUGAAGCUCUGACCCGCUGACCCAUGGUCUACAGGAUUUUAUGAAUUAAGCUGCUGCCACGUGAUUGGCUGAUGGUGUACAGGUGUUCCUAAUAAAGUGACCAGUCACUCUUGGAGAUAUUUUGUGUUCUUUUUACCUUUUAAAAAACCUGUUUGGUCAAAACAGAACUAAUCAGACCAAUCAGAUUUUUUGUGAAUCUGCUAACUGUAACUACUGCAAAGGCUGAUGUGGUGACAGUGGUGGUCCUCCUUUCCAUGUGUGGUGGUCCCCCAUGCUGAGCUGCUCCGCCUGGCGUCACAGAUUCUGUUCCAUUGGCUGAAGUUUGCUAAUAUGACUGUAUGAAAUAAGAUCUUGAAUAUAAUAAUGUGUUUAAAAAGCUGGUGUUUCACUGUAGAAGAUAAACAGAACCUCAGAGGAUCGGAUGACGUCUCAG